GUUAGUCGGAAGGAAGAGCGUCGGCCUCCGCCCUCCCGGCUUUCGUUCUCUUGUUGUGGCUCUGCCCCAAGAUGGCGGCGGCCGCGGUUGGUUUCUGAGGAGACCCACGGACCCGGCGGUCGCGGUUCUCUCAGGGGAAAGAGGAGAAUGGCGGCGUCGGAGGCUGGGUCGCUUCGCGUUCUCCUGCAGCCAUUCCGCAGCCCCAGCCAGGGCAUCACCCGGGCCAAGCUCAGCGGCGGCCGAGACGCGCUGGCGACCGUGACGGGGGCGGAGCUGCGCCUGACGGGGCUGGUGUCAGCCCGGCUCGACGGCGGGCAGGACGGGCCCAGCGGGGACGGCAGUAUCGCCCUGCCCGGCGCCUGGGAAGAGUAAGUGGGGGUGCAGCAAGAGCCGGGCCUGCGGGGGCCCAAGUCCAGCGUCGACCCCCCCCCCCUAGAGAGAAGCAGGUGACGGACUCGACCCCCGCCUCCCCCCGGCGACAGCUCCCCCCACCUCAUUUAAAAGCGUUUCGUAGUCGGGAACCAGGCACCCACCCACAUGGUGAUCUCAGAGGCUAACUUACUCUUGCUUUUGAAGCACAACAAUCCUCCGCAGCAAAAGGGUGUUUGUCCCCACGUAAAUGUCGGGGCAGCAGAAGCAAACGGUGUUUGUUUGGGGUUUUUUUUUGCAUAAAAUUUAAGCACCUCUUGAUUGUUUAAAAAAAAAAAAAAGGCCUCAAAGCGGUUUACAAAAAAAGAAAGAUAAAACAGUGGAAUUAUUAAGAAAAUUUAACCAUGAUUUUAAGUUUCCAAAAAGUUAAAAUAACAGUUUAGGCUUGCAUCAAGUUUCUAAGCAUCGGAGUAGGCUUGACUAGACAAUGUUUUUAGCAGGCACUGAAAUGUUUAUGUGUUAUAAACAAAAAUAAAACAAUAAACUUACAAAAAGAGUACAGUACAGUGAAGGUGCUUGUCACACUAAAAGUUUGAGUUCUUAAAAAGGCAGAAAGUGUUAUUAUGUGGCACCUGUAACAGUACCAAUUCCGCUGAUUGCUUCAGCACAUAUGGGUUUGUUGCUGCAUUCAUGAUGGUGCAUUGUUAAAAAAUGCAUAUGACUUCAGUAUUAUCACCAUUAGGUCUCGCCAACCUUUUUUGGGCCUUUAUCACCUUUGCAAAUCGGAGGAAUUGUCAUGUGUACCCCCCACCCCCGCAUUGCAACUAAGGACACACCACACAAACUAUCCUGUUGUUUCUUUAAAACCUCAUUUUAGGAGACACAUAACCAAAAGCCUCUGUUGGCAACCCUUGAAUGUGGAAGUAGUUGUAAAGCAUGGAUUGUGGGUGAGGGAGAGAAGAGAAGUGUCAGUUUUGGCCUUCAUUAUGGCAAUAAUGCCCAUAGUUGUCUAAAGAGGGGGGCGGGGCUGUCAGACCAUUAAGUCCAAAAUGAUCUAGCAACACCACUGAGGAUGGUUUAUCCAAUCCCCCCCCCCCCCAAAUUACUGCCCAGUUUCACUUGAAUCAACCACUUCUCUGGCUCAGCAUCCCAUUUUGCAACAGCCCCACCUGCUGUGAGGCUUUGAGCCUGCAUGUAAAAUGAGCUGUCAGAAUCUACAGUUCCCCAGUUCACCUUCUGGUCCCUCCCUACCUCUGUUGUUAUGAAAUUGAGUUGCUUGGAAUUUUUCUUUGGAUAAAUAGGAAGUAUUACUACUCUUGUUAGAGAAAUAGACAAAAUUGUAAACCCAAGUAGAUUAUUAUUGGUUUCACUCCCUAGAGUUUUUGUUUCAUUGAUUGUAUGUUGGUUGUCCUUUUCAACUGCUGUGUUCUUCUAAGCUUUGUGAUCAUUUUUUGUGCAAGUGGACAGUAAUGUAAUUCAGUUAAGUAAUCUGUCUCUAAAAGGCACAGCAUGCUUAAAAUUUCAAAGAAGAACAAUUGGAGGUAUGGCUUAUGUAUUGAGUAUUGCUUUCCUAGCUUCAUGUGGGAGAGUGUGGAAGAUGAGGACCUUCCAGUGGACAGUCUUAAACUACUUGCUGUCAGUAAGACCCAUGAACUUCUCGUAUAUGAAAUUAAUCUAGAGGUUGGAAAAUGUGAUGCAACACUCUUGCAGAGCUGCAGUGAAGAUACGCAGAAGCAACUCAUCAAAUUUAAAAAUAUUAGUGAGUAUAACAUUCAUUCAAGAUGUAAGAUACUAGUUUAUUAAUUUGUUUAUUGAUUUGGAGGCCAUUCUGUAGCAGUGUCUAGAAAACAAAAUAUGUUAUAUGGUAUCUAUUGCAGACAUUAGCCCAUGAGUUGUAACUUGCUGUAGACAGGUAAUGCUUAUAAACGUUGAUGGGGCUAUUUCAAACAUUGAAUGCAGACGGCCUGACUUUUGCCACUUGUGGGAUGGGUGAUCCAUUUAUCUUUAUUAGGACUGUGUUGUAUUGCUUGUUUAUCUGACCUAUUGUUACUGCAUAUGAAAAUAUCCCUUUUGACCUCGUCAUGCAGGUUUAUCUUCAAUCUCCUCUUUGCGAGUGCUGUCAUUUAAAAAUGGCAAAGCUUUGAUGCUGCUCAACAACUGUAUUAUUGCACAACUUGCUUUUCUUGGAGGAGAACUGAAAGCAGAAAAGUUGGAGGAAUGCUUUCUUCUUGAUCUGUCAUCAGAAGCUCUGGAAAGGAUAGUAGAUGUUGCCUUUUGCAGAGGUGUUCUUUUCUUGUUAGAGGAAUCUGGAUGGAUAUGUAUCCUUUUAAACUGAGUUUUAAAAUCCUGUCCUUCCUGCAGCACAGAGUGGUUUGCAAAACAAAUGUAUAAUAUAAGCAGUAAAAUAAAACACUAGCAGAUAGUUGUCUGUGUUGCUCAGUAAUGCUUAAGAAGCAGACAAAUACUGAGAUAUAUAAAUGGAUAUUUUUGUUGUUGUAUGUCUCUUAAUAAAUAAAGUGCUAGCCUUGAGUAAUACAAAAGGUAAGAUGCAGAAAUAGUCCAGGAUCAAAACAAGGUCAAAACCCAUUAGGUCACAAGGCAAGUCAGGAUGCUAAUGCAAGGAUUUUGUUCAAGCACUCUGGAGAGGAGAGGAGAGGAGAGGAGGCUGAGGGAACACUCCACAAGGGAAGGUGUUUGAAAAGGGGUGAGAGGCUGCUAGGUUUGUCGGCAAGGGGUGACAUAACUGGACUCCUGAGCCCCCAUGGGUGCCGCAGAAAAUGUAGUUAGUCAAGGGAGCCAUGGACUCAAAAAGGUUGAAAACCUCUGGCCUGAGAAGUUUGGUCUUCUCAUGAGGAGGAGCUUCUUCACAAGUAACACUUUAUUUUCAAGGAGUCCUUGUUCUUUGGGUGGGUGCACCUGUACCUUUAUCCGCCAGCAUGUCACCAGACUUGAUGCUAACUAAGCCUCUGCCUCUGAUUCUUUGCAGGGGCCCUCUCUGUCUUGCAGAGAAGAUUGGGAUGCUCUGAUACCUGAAGGUCCCAGAUCCCCCUGCUCUGUCUCACUGUGCAUUGACACAGCCUGUUUCUCUUUCAUUCUUGUUUUGUGGAGCACCAAAUCUUUCUGUGAAGAGGAUUGUUCUAGCCAUGUGCCUGACAGUUGCAAUAUCUAAAGAGGUGUCCAAAUGCAUGCAGUUUGGAAUGGUUCAGUCUACUAUUUUGAUUUGAAACAGUGCCCAGUGGUCUUGCACAUUAGGUCUAAGUAAGCAUGCAUAGGAUUGCCAUGUCAGGAUGGUGGGUUUUCCUUUGCAUGUGUGCCUGUUCAUGUGACUCAGAAAGUGUCUUUCUUUGACAUUGUUGCAAAGAUAUUUUUGAUGCUACGGAUGGUGCCUACCUUGCCCAUGUUGAUGUCUCCCUCUAUCAAACAGAGGGGCAAGAUGAGAAGCGUCUGGACAUCCUGUCUUCUCUUACACUGUUAAAUAUAUCUCAUGAUCUCAGUGUUGCUGUGGUUGCCAACAGCUCCAGUUGUGUCGUGGCUAUUGACCUCCAUUUAUACUUCAAGUAGGUUGGCCACAAUAUGCUAUAAAGUGGUAUUGGGCAGGCAGAUUUUCACUUUUUAAAUUCUUUGCCAGUUCUAGCUUUUCCUCUCUCUCUCUCUCUCGCUCUCUCUCUCUCCUGAAAAGUCUGAUGGUCCUGCUCUCUUGAAACAUUUAGGAAAAUGGUUAAAACUUUUUAUUGUGCUGGGCGUUUGUGGUCUUAAUCUCACUUUCUCCCCCUUCUGCUUAAAUUGCUUUCAAUGACUUUUUAAUGCUCACUGUUUUUUAUUGUUAUAAUUUAUUGCCAGUGAAAAUUCUUUUUUUUUUUAGAUUAACUGUUAUAGGGAACUUUUUGAGGGUUGAAAGGUGGAGUUGAAAUCAUUUUAUUUAUAAAUAUACACUCCCCGCCCCCCCCCCCCCCGCAGAGAAUAUCCUGAGCAUUUAAUUUGCAAGAAAAACUUUGACAACCUUCCUGUAGAACAGUUGGAGGGGACAGAUGAAGAUGACCUCAGAAGUUCAGAUUACAGCAUGAAACUUAUGCAGCAUCCAUUUCGGACCGACAGGUAUGUCUACAGAACUUCUGCCUUGCAUCAUUAAUCUAUGUGGAAAAGAGGGAUAUGUUUGUUCAGUCCUACUUGCCACUUUAGCUCUCUGGUUCCUGCUGUUACUGCUGAUACUGCUGGUAAAACAGCUUUAGAAUGUUAGGAUGAAUUAGUAUAAGCUUAGACAUGUGGCAUCAUUUCCAAAUAGAUGCACAAGUAUGUCUAAACACCGUCCUCCCCAGGACUAGUUUGCAGUUGUUUUGAUGGCAAGAAACUAUUUGUACUUAUCCAAUCUGUUUAUCUGUAUUACAAAUCCUUUUUGUUCAAGCAAUACAACUAUAGAUAAUUCAUAGAUUCAUUGUUAAAAAUGUUGAUGUGAUUUUUCUCCUUUUUCCAGAUCCUGGAAGGCACAUUUGUCUUCAUUGUUUGACAUAACAAAAGGAUCUAAUUCUUCAAAUUUGGCAGCCAACGUUUUCCUGCCUUGGUGUCAGUAUCCUUUGCAUCUAGAGCACUGUGACUGUAAGACUCGUGAAGCUUCUGAGGCCUCCUUUCUGCAUGAUGCUGCUCAUGUCCUUUCAAACUCAAGAAGAAAAGAUCCCCAAAACACAGGCAAAAGAGACAGACUAUGGAAGAGCAUAGACUUAGGAGGACUGGAAGAUGGUGUGAAACUCGAGUGUAAAUCUGUGACAGGUUUUAGUGCAUUAUUCACUCUCUCAAGUGAGAGUGAAGGACUGAUUCUUCUUCUGUGGGAUUUGGAGACCCAAGAUGUGAUGCGUUCUUGUGUGGGCAAAAAUUCAUUUUUUGUUGAGUGUAACAGAGAGGAGCAGUUAUGUCCCAUCCUUUCAGGUGAGCAUCUUUUAGUUGCAAAUAAAAACCAAAGCCUGCAGUCUAGAAACCAGAAGCAUUUCUUUGUUUGUAAGUACUGACACCAUUGAGGGUGAUGCAAGAAGAUUGCAUUCAGUCUCAUAAAGUACCAUAUAGACCAUGUUUGAUAUGAUAGGUGAAUAAGUUCUUCUUUUAUUUAUUAUAACCCUUAGAGCUCGGCCUCUCCUUGGUUCUGUUUGGCUUGACUCAAGAGGAAUUCUUGAAUAGACUGAUCAUCCAUGGAAGUGCUGGCACUGUAGAUUCUCUUUGCCAGCUCAAUGGAUGGGGAAGAUGCUCUAUUCCCAUACAUGCCUUGGAGGUAAAGAAACACUUGUGGCCCUUGAGGUUCUGUGCCUCCCACAUCCCCCAGUGCUGGGAGUGGUGGGAUCUUGCAACUGGCAGGGGAUUCUUUUUUUCUUUUUCUUUUUGACAGCCUCAAAUGUUUACUUUGAGCUUAUCUAACCUGCAGCCUUUGCAGGCUACGUGGAAAGGGCACCACCCAAAGUAAUAUACAGAACUGCCAUGUGGAUAAAUUGUGGAGCAUGACAAAACUGACUGCUCUUGGUGACUCUGUCCUCCAGCCCUAGUUUUUUAUUCUGCAGUAUUUUCGGCAUGAGGUGAUCCUUCUUUUCCUGAUUUAUGCUGCACAUCCUAUCUAGGAAAGUCCUCCUCCCACAAAAAGACAAAUGGAAGUUCUUACCUGCUGGGCAUCUAUUUUUCUGAUAGAUAGAAGGACAUUCCACCCUCCUUCAUGAAGCCUCACCUAUGGGUCCAUAGUGGAAUAGUGCUUGGGGAAAACAGGCUCUCUUGGCUUGUUGCAUGACUUUUUGGCUUAUUUAAUUGUAUUCUUGCGUGGAUGCUUUUUUUUUUUUAGUACUUUGUUCUUGCCUUGUUGUUUAACCAUCCUGCAAAUUGGUAGAAAGUAACUUUUCAAUCCGCAAAAAGAAUAUCAGUCCCUUAUUUAAGAACUUCUGUUUCUACUUGUUGCUGCAUUUUUAACAGUGAUUCUGUUGUUGCUGUUUAGGCUGGCUUAGAGAACCGUCAGUUGGACACAGUGGAUUUCUUUUUAAAGAACAAAGAGAAUAUUUUCAGUCCCUCCGCAACUUGCUCCUUACAAGAUCAGCCUGCAAGCACUUUGUCAGAUUUUUACUUGAAGAGUAAGUAAAACAAUGUAAAUGCUGAAAUGGACAUUGCUUUGACACAGACCUUCGAAAAGCAUAGUGUAGUCUUCACCUGCCUGAUGCCUUCCAGAUAUUUUGGACUACGGUUCCCAUCAGCCCCAGCCAACAUGGCCAUAUGCUGCCGAGACUGAUCGCGAUCCAAAACAUCUGGAAAGUUCCAUGUUAGGAAAGGCUGGUGUAGUGAGGAUGAAAGAAAUUCACUGUGGUACAGCUCGUGUGAAAUUAAUGCUGCUCAAGCCACAUAGAAAAUAAUCAGAGCUAUAUAAGGACAUACUAUAUUCAGCGAAGCAUUCUUGGGAGAGAUGGAACAUGCCCUGUGUAUUCAGAAAGUGCAGUCGGCUAAAUGGAUGCCAUAUAAAAGAUGGAGGCAAGCUGUGCUUUCUUUUCUGAGAAUCCUUUUUUGAGUGGGGGGAGGACAUUUUAAAGCGAUCUUCUGGUCAUUUCCUGCUUUAAUUUUUCUCACACAGGCAUGGAAGAGCUUACACCAGCCUUAGAUUUGCUUUGCAUGGCAAUCCGAGAAAAUGAUUUGGAAGCACAGAGCAAGCAUUUCUCUGAGCAGCUGCUGAACCUCACCCUGUCUUUCCUUAACAAACAGCUCCGUGAAAUUUGUAUCCACAGAGAAGGUAACGGUUGUGCUUGUGUUGCUUGAAUUAUCAUCAUGCUCUGCAUUUCCCCAGUAACGAGCCAUGAAACCUUUCUACUAUUUGAGCUAUUUUCAUGUGCAAGCUGUGUGCUCCUGCAUGUGACCUUUUUAAAAAAAAAAACCAACAACAUCUCUCCAGUGGUGAUAUUUGAUGAGAGAAGAGGAGGAGCGAUUCAGGCCUCAGCUCAGUGAAUAGUGUAUACCGUAUUUUUCGCCCCAUAGGACGCAUCGCCCCAUAGGACGCACCUAGUUUUUUUUGGGGGGGGGGAAAUAAAGAAAAAAAAUUAUUUCCCCCCCCCAGGCACGGGGGAAGCCUGAGCUUCCCCCGGCCCCAGCCCCCAGAACAGCCUGCUAUCCGCAAGCCUAGGGAGCCGCGCCGGUCUCCCCAGGCUUGCGGAGAGCUGCGCGAAGCCCAGGCGCGCUCUCCAGCGCGCCCCAGGCUUCGGAAUGCAGGCAGUUCUGCUCAACCUUUGGGAGCCCGGCGCGAAGCCACGCCAGGCUCCGGAGGGUUGCGCGGAGCUUCCUGAAGCCUGGAGAGCAAGAGGGGUCGGUGCGCACCGACCCCUCUCGCUCUCCAGGCUUCAGCAAAAGCUUGUAUUCGCCCCAUAGGGCGCACACACAUUUCCCCUUCAUUUUUGGAGGGGAAAAAGUGCGUCCUAUAGGGCAAAAAUACGGUAAUUGUUUUCUUCCAUUACCGUAAUGUCCAAAUCCUAUACACACAUAGUUGGAGGUGUGCCCUUUUGGACUCCGUGGGAUGUGCUCGUAAAUAAACACGCAGACAAUCAUAGUCGCUGUAUGGGCUGUAAAGCUGUGAUUCAUAAAACGAUUAAGUCAGUUUUCCAAGAUUUAAGCUGACUUAACAACCUAGUCCUUUGGACUAGCUGGACCAGCACCUGUACUGGGUCAGGAGGGAUCAGUACCUUAUAGUCAGUUCAUACUGUGGACUUUGGCACUUUUGCAUUUUGUGUGUUUCUCUCUAUACUAUAUUUGGACUCCUUUGUCAUCAUGUUGAUGACUGAGUGGACCUUUGUGAGUGGGCAGGUGAGUGGCCCAGGCAAGCUUCCCUGUGUUCCUGUUGUCACUGUCACCACUGGUAAUGAGGAGAGGAAUGAAGGGGAGAAUGUCUUUCUCCCCCUCUGCACCAGUGCAAGCGGAACAGGAUGUGGUAGGAUAUGUCUUUGAAUAUGUUAAUGUUCAUUGGACUACCCUUAGUGUUGCAAGUCUCACAGGGAGAUGUUUUCAUUCGUUCCUUCCAUUAAGUGUCUUCCUGUAAUCUUCACAGAACUGGAUGAAAAUCUGGACAGAUGUGUUGAUAUUUUAACCAGCUACAUCAAUAAACUUAGGAUGUUUAUGAUAAAGUUCCCUCACAAGCCUUCCAGUGUCAUCAGCUUCACGUGCGAUCUUGAAGAAGACGUGCCCUGCAUAGAACAAAGCCAGAAGUGGGAAAAGUUUAAUACAGAGGUAAUCGGAGCAUCAGUUUCAAAAAUGCAUGAGCAUAUAUUGUCCAAGACAUUGUGUCUGUUUGCUAAACAAUUUCAUUAUCCCAAGGAAAAAUGAGUGACCUAAAGCCACGUUUAUGGCAGAAUCCAGCCAUAGUUAAGCAUUUGGAAGUCCUGUUGAUUUCAGUGAGAGAGCUAGAGACUGUGUGCCAAACACUCCCAUUGAAAUGAAAGGCAGGUAGUAUAAUAAAAACAUUAACUUGGUGUGAAGCAACUUUUGAAAAGUUGUGUGCUAAGGAAGAAUUUGAAAGUACAACUUGAUAGUAUAGCAGUGGAAGACUGUGUCCAGUUCUGGCUGCCUCAAACAGAAAAGGAUACCCUGGAACAGGAAAAUAUGUAGGAGGGCUACCAGAAUGAUCAAGUGAUAGCAUGGAAGGAAAGUAGCAAGAGAGACAUUUCCCCCCUUCCUCAUAAUCAUAGAAUUGUUGAAUUGAAAGGGACCCCAAGGGUCACCUAGUUCAACCCCCUGCAAUGCAGGAAUCUCAGCUAAAGCAGGCAACUUCCUGUGUUUUUAAGACUGGGUUGUGUGCCCUUAACAACUUCCACCCACUUCUCUGCCAUUCCCCAACUUGCCUCUCCUGAUCCUUCAGGAAAGAGGUUGAAUGUCAGGCGUGGUGUUUUUCAAGAGCAGCUAGUUGCAUUGCAUGCCCUUCUUUGCUCUUUCAGCAAACGGUUGCUGAAGCCAUAUUAAACAACAAGCUCCCAGAGGCUCAGACCUUUUUCCGGAUGGCAGGUAGCCCUGCCCAGAAUCUUAAGGUGCUGACCCAGAUAGGACUGGAUCUGGUGUACAAAAGCCUUCUGAAGGAUGAUGUCAAAGAAGCCUCCAAACUCUUAAGAAACAUGGUGAGUAAUGCAUGUUCAGAGCAUGGCCUGAUCUACAGUGCUUACUUCAGUGUAUUUGCAGGUACACACAGCAAGGGAUUGGCUUUGCUACUUCAGGUGCUAAAGAAUGGCCAUUGGGGAUCCUUGGCGAGUUAACAAUGGGAGUUGAACUCAUUAAGGAUUUUCUUUUUCCUGUCAUAUUCUGCUUAAUUGGGGUGGGGACAGGGAGAGAAGUAUCUAACCUAGGAGAAAAAUAAGUGUGGGCAUGAUCCAUUCAAGGGUAAGCACACACACACAAACGCACACUGACAUUUAUAUAUGUGUACGUGUAUGCAUUUGAUUCUUAAUUGGGUCGGUUACAUAGGUCUGUUGUCACUUUCUGCAGUCAUCUUUUUAAAAAGGGUAGUUCCUUUUAUGUACAUAUAUUUGGAUAAGCACUUUAGGUCUUGUUUUAUUUCCAUUUUUAUAUUUGGUUUUAAUAUCUUUUCGUACCUCUGUUUUUAUUAUGUAAGUCGCUUUGAGACACUUUGCUGUAAAAAGCAAACAACAGUAAUAGUAAUAAUUUGUCUGAGGAAGGGAGGCAGGAGUUUUUAAGCGUUGAGCAUUUUAAGCCCAUUUCACAAUCUGUUGUUGAAAUUUCUUCAGUCCUUUGCAAGUUGCAGCCAAGCCCUGAAAUUAUUUGUAGAUACGCACAAAAGAAAGCCUGUGAGAGAAAAUAUGGCAUUAAUAAUUUCUUGUGUAAACUCUUCUACCCUUCCCCUCCCUUGACAGGGCUUCAAUGUGAUGGAGCAGCUGCGCAAAAUAUGUUUCUACGUAACUGAUCACCGUGUUCGUGAUUUUUUGGUGAGUGCGGGGAAACCCUUUGCAUGGGUUGUGGUCCUUUAAUUUCAUAUGUUUCACCUGCAUGUGCAGGGUACAUUCCUGGGUGACUUCUGCUGCUACUGCCUGCCCCCACCUCACAAAUUGUGUUAGUUUUCACCCAAGUCCCAGUGAUGACUUCACUUUCAUGUUGUCUCUUUGGCAUUAGUAGCUGAUGUGGAAAUCCUGUUGCGGUGACAUCAGUGCCAUCAAGGAUCCACACCACACUGUUUUGUUCUAGACCACUUCCAGUUCCUGCUCAUAUUUUUGAUUUGACAACAAACCCUUUAAGGAGUUGCUUUUCCAGUGCCUUUGAUGUUAGGGCGCAAACUGCAUUGCUAGUUAAUGUUUUGGUCUGACUCUCAAGGUGAACAUACUGAAAGAGGAAAACUACUUUUCUGAAGCUGAGAAGGAAAUGAUAGACUUUGUGCAUAAGGUGGAAAAUGUCUAUGCAAAAACUUUCCAAGAGAAGGAAAAGACUAUAGCCCAGCCCAGGUAAUAGAUUUUCAGCCUCAAUUUUUAAAAACAUCAUCUUUACCAACAGUGAUGUGAUGAGAAUUGUGUAAAGUUUUGAAUUUCUAUCCAUGCAGCAAAAAAAGUGAGUCCUUGUUUGCUCCAGCUUUCUCCAGCUGCAAGCUUUCUUUCCAUGGAAGGUGUGAGAUGAUUUUCCUUCUUACUCAACUGGUUGUUAGCAGUUCCAGCUUAACUGUGCUGUAGGCUGCAAACUUUCACUGUUCAUUGGAAAUGGUUGUAUUGGGGAAAAGGUGGCUAGCUUGAAAAUCUGAACUCAUCAGGAAGAGUAGAUAAAUGACAUGGACCUCAUAGAGAUGUUUUGUUCUCAUUUUCAGUUCCUGGAGAAAAGAACAACAUCUGUCUAUCCACAUUCCUGUUCUGGAUUCAUUCCUGCAAUGCAAUGAAGAUGGAGUUAAUAUUGCAGAGUACAGUAUUAUGUUAAACUGGGCUCAGUGGUGGGAUCAGGUUACCCGAGAGACGAUUCUUCUUCCUAUGCAAUCUCCUGAAGGCAAGUACUCUGCCAUAAAUAUGUUGUGGUCAGGGAGCUUUGUGUCUUAAGGCUGUUCUUUUGGGACUAACAAUAGGCCAUAAUGUUUUAAAGCAAGUGUGGGGAUAUCUGACCCCCAAGUCAGAUGCAACCCUCAGAGGCUUCCCAUCUGACCCCUGAAGCCUCACUUGCUCCCCACCCUCAAUUUUUGUAGCGGCUGCAGAGGGAAAGGAAAAAACAGGAAAUGGCAGGCACUGGGGACUUGUUUUGGAUUGGGAACUCCACCCAGCAUGUGAGGAGCUUUUAACCCCCUGUUACCUCCUGCAGUCCACGUCUGGGAUGAGCCCACCCCUUUCCUACAGUUUGCAUUGAUAAUAAGGGAUCUGUUGAAAGGAAUGAAUCGGGAGUAUCCUGGAUUUGGGCCAGAGUGCGGAGCAAAGGGUCAUGUAUUCAGUAAUCAGGGCAUAGCUGCCAAGAAGACCUUUUACCUUGUCCUAACUAACUGUGCCUUGGCCACAGACAGGAUAUGGACAGGAGCCUCUCUGAUAGGGUGAGGGCAGACUGAUGUUGGUGAAGCAGCCCCUUGGGUAUCCUGCACCCAGAUUGUUAAGGUUUUUAAGGAUAAGAUCCAAUUAUUUGCAUUACACCAGGAAACAGAUUGGCUCAUACACAUUUACUCUUCCUAAGCUUACAGUGCUUUAUUUUGCAGUGACAGUGGGGACUAAUCCUGUGACCCUAUACACAGUGUGCAACUACAGGCGUACACUUAGUUUAUUGUACUGACUACCUUUUUUAAAAAACCACACACAGAACGCAAAUCAUGUGAUCCAGAGGUUCUUUGGAUGCACCUGUCAUCUUGGCAUGACUACUCCAGUAUGAGCUCAUGGAUUGCAGCAUCUCAGCAACAGGAGAGUAACACAAACUGGCCACGGCUGACAACAGAGACCAUUGAACGCAGAACGUUGUGUAGCCAUUACAUGCAAAAUGAAAUAUUGGACAAUUUAGCCAGGUAUGUGCCUUGUCUAAGUCUUGGUUGGUGGAACCUCUGGCCACGGGUCUCAUUCAGUCCACCAGGCCAAUUCCAGCAAACUCUGCCCACUUGACAUCAUUUGACAUCAGUCAUUUUGAUCUGCCCUGCAACUUUCUGUAGUUUCCUGGGUUAGACUUAUAAUUGCCCAUAAUUUUACAUAAUCUCUUACCCACCCACCAUUGGAAUGUGGCCCCUGAAGACUAGCCAGGUAUUGAAUCUGGCCUUUAGGCUGAAAGGUGUUCCCCUGUCUAGCUCUAAAUUGAUGAUCAACUUCUGUCAAGCAGUAUCGUGUAUUGGUGGAAGUAGCGUUUAUUGUUGGAAGUCUCCUUAACAACUUUGUGAAGAGAUCACUGGCUGCUUUGUAUUAAAAAGAUUGCUUUGUUUUUCUUGGUAGCAAUGGAAUAUUUGUGCCAGUGGAACUAGAAGACUUUGAAUGCCUUCUCCAGAGAUUGACUCUUGUUGGAGGAGUGAUGCAGAAUCCUCAUCCUGUUCCAGAAUAUAUGUCCACCAGUGGCUUAGAUUUCCAUGCCUGCUUUAUCCUGUACUGUUUAGAACAUGGGCUGGACCAUCUUCUCUACACCUAUCUCGACUACUAUAGGUAGGAAUACAUGAACUGAAGUGGUUUCGUAUACACACAUUUGUAUAUGUGUCUACCUGCUUUGUCUACCUGUGAUGGGAGUUGUAGUUCAGGUUGGUGAAGCCUCGUCAGACAUCCUCCUUCCACCACCCCCUCCAAAAUGUUUUCAGAACAAAGGCAGCAGAACUUCUCCCCAUGCCCCCAGACUGUUGCCUUCCUCCAGUGGAGCUUUAUUCAGGACUCUGCAGCUGGAGCAUCAUCUAAUUUUGUAACCUAAAGGAGCAGAGAUGAGAGAGUGCUUGCCCAGUAGGGUCUGUGUGGCCAGUACCCCCCUAGCUAACUAAGACAUCAGUCUCUUUUACUCCUGCCAGAGCAGUUGGUCUUCUCAAAAUCCAUGUGGCUGCUUGCCCAGCCUUCUACUGGCCCAUAUUUUAGAAGGGGGAAAAUAACUUGUUUUUCUUUUUUAUUCUAUGAAAUUGAUAUUGUGUCCUUGAUUUUGCAGUUUAUUUCCUUCAAAUUGCCCUCUUUUGGAUGACAAAGCACUUCACGAAGCUCAUCCGUGGUUUGAGUUUUUAGUGCGGUGUCGAGCCAUCGCCAGCAAUUCUGGAGGUAGGAACCUUCAUCUGUGAUUCUCUUCUGGGCCAAUGUUCUUUGUGCAAUUCUGAUGAAAAACAAACAUUUGUGAGCCAUUGACCAUCCAAAGUGAUGAUGGAUUCUCCCUAAAUGGUCAGGUUGGAACUCACCUGGGCUUGACCUUUUCUGUGCAUGCUUAGGUGGUCGCUGUGGGGACGAGCACCUUUUAUACCAGCGUUGUCUGGUCUGUGGGUUUUCUGGCAUCCUAUUCUGAGAAAUGGAGACCCAGCCACUGUCAAUAACAGUCUGCUAACCUCAAAGAUUAGGUUUCUGCAGUGUGCCUCAUAUGGGGCUGCCUUUAAAAAAUGUUUGGAUGCAACAGCUGGUCCAGAACGUACUGGGCUUUUGACAUAGGAAUGAAAUCUUUUUUGUUCUUAACUGACUCCUGGUUGAUUUCUGGACCCAACUCAAAGGGGUGGUAAGUCCUGCUCCAGGUUCCCCUACCUACAGCAUUGUGGUGGGGGAGCUAGUUAUAGCAGUGCCCCAUCUAUGGAACCUUCCCCACAGGGAGCUUUCAGAGAGAGGAUUGUAUAUGCCUUGGGUUGGAUUUUUAUUUUUAUUUAAAUUGGAGGUAACAUUCUGGCUGAUGUUAGAAAAGUCAACUGUUGAUCAACUAUUAUUGUUGCCAUGUGUUUGGCCUUUUAAAGUUUUGCUGUGUUUUAACUGGUUUUAAUAUUGUAUUUUAAAAUUGUUGUAAUGGUGAAGGGCAGGUAAGAAAUCAAAUAAUAAUAAAAAUAAUAAAUAAUAAAUAAUAAUGUGUGAAUUUCUUCUCUUUGCCAUCCGCCUUUGGAGCCUGUUCUUGGGCAGAAAACAGGGUAUAAUAAUGGAAAACAAGGCAACAGUUUUUUCUUUCUUUCCUCCCUCCAGAUGCAAAUAAGAUUUUCCAAGCUAGCCUGGCAAAUGCCCAGAUCUUGAUUCCCAGCAACCAGGCCAGUGUGAGCACAAUGCUGUUGGAAGGCCGAACGCUCCUUGCUCUUGCCACCACAAUGUACACCCCUGGAGGUAUUGACCAGGUAUGCUGUAGAAUAUUGGCAGGCUGUUGAUGACCUUUUCCUUUCAAAGUGACAGCAAAUGUCAAAAAGAUCUUAAAUGCCAGCAGCCUCAGAAAAUUUGGGUCGUGUUCUUUCUCUGAAGGUGCAGAUAAAGCCUUGUGCCAGGUGCUGUGGCUUGUGCCAAUGAACUGUUCGGUUCCCAUUUCCUUGCAAGUGUAUUCAGGUUCUUCUUCUUCACUGUAGGUCCUUCAGAAUGGAGAUGGAGGAAAGAAAGUAGAUGCCCAGCUCUUCAGGAUGGCCCUUGCUCCUUAUCCCAAGCUGAGAGCAGCCCUCUUCCCCCAGUAUACCAGUCAUGGGACCUUGCCUUCCGACAUUUCUCUCUACCACCUUGUCCAGGUAUAAAUAUAUACCUAUCUGCCCCCAAUACAAAUAGAAUCAUAGAAUUGUAGGGUUGGAAGGGACCCCAAGGGUUAUCCAGCCCAACCCCCUGCAAUGCAGGAAACUCAUCCAACCUCUGCUGAAAACCCUCCAAGGAAGGAGGUUUAUCACUUUUCAGUCUUCUCUUCCAGGCUAAACGUACACAACUACUUCAACUGUUCCUCAUAAGACUUGAUUUGUAGACCCUUUAUCAUGUUAGUGGCCCUCCUCUGCCCAUGUUCCAGCUUGUCCAUAUCCUUCUUAAAAUGUGGUGCCCAGGUGGGGUUUGAGCAAGGCAGAAUAGAGUGGAACUAUUACUUCCCUUGAUCUGGGUGCUGUAAUGCUAUAGUCUAGUUACAGCAACUGCCACUUUACCCAAACUUACACCAGUAAGUCUUGAAAAAGGGCUGUAUUGGGAAAGUGGGGCACAGGUUUGAGUUCCUUUCCUGCAAAAUGCUGAAGGUGACCUCUGCAAGGCAUUGCUUCUUCCUUCUGGGUAUUCUGCAAGCAGCAUUAAUUUGGGAUUGGAUAGGGAGAGGCCGCAGCCUCCAGCUUCACAGAACAGCUCCCUAAUCACACAGUCACAGGAGCAGGUAGGAAAAAAGCCACAUGACUGAAGCUGUGUGGAUCUCCUAGGGGCUUAGCCUAUGACACACCUCCUUCCAACGUACAGGGGCCCAGGGCUCCCAGCAGUGUACACUAGAACAUAUAUACAUACAUAAUUUUAUUUGCAUGUCACCUUUCCAUAGUUAAAGCCAUCCUCAAGGCAGCUUGUAACAUUAAAAAUGACACAUAAUUGCAAACAUAAGUUGUCAUAAACGGUAAAUAAAACAUCAAAUAGUGCACAACCAAAUUAAACAGUUUCCACGUAAAUCAUAAUAAGAUUUAAAAUAAAGGCACAAAACAAUUAAUAGAAACAAGAACAACUACCCUGCCCCCAACUACACCCCCCAACCUAAGAAUCUGUUCAGCAGCCUCAGCUUUUGUAGCUGGAGUCAGUCUUCCCAGGCCAAGUGGAAAAAGCCUUGCAAGGCAGGGAGCAGUACUGCCGGUGACAUGGCUCUCAUACCACCACCCCUUGGCCACUUCUCCCCAUCUUAGCCACAGCUACAUAGCAAUAGCCCUGGCUUGCACAAGUGGAAGGGCACCUGCUUCUCCCACCAUCACUUACCACAAGAGCAUUUCAUGGAGCUGCUGCGUCUUAUUGGAUGCUUAAGCAGGGAUCAGCAAACUUUUUCAGCAGAGGGCCGGUCCACUGUCCCUCAGACCUUGUGGGGGGCUGGACUAUAUUUUCGAAAUAAAAAUAAAAAUGAACGAAUUCCUAUGCCCCACAAAUAACCCAGAGAUGCAUUUUAAAUAAAAGCACACAUUCUACUCAUAUAAAAAGACGCUGAUUCCCCGACCGUCUGCGGGCCGGAUUUAGAAGGUGAUUGGGCUGGAUCUGGCCCCUGGGCCCUAGUUUGCCUACCCAUGUUUAAGAGUGAAAUGCCCUUUUGCUCGCCCUCUGUGGAUAAUUUUCUCCUCUCAGCUUGGUUUCACUUGACACAGAUACUUUAAAAUAUUAAGUGGCUUAAAUAUUCUUUUGAAUAAAUAAAAUCCUCUGGAGCUGCACUCUGCUCUGUGGAGUGUAUGUAUAUAAGACUGGGUUUGAAUUUGAUGUGACUGUUUCAUUCCAGAAUAUCUGGGUCAGUGUGUGGCAGCAGCUGUACUACAUGUGUAAGAUGCUGCACAAGAUGUGUGCUCAGUCGAGCAGCUUGGGUUAACAUGUUUGCUGCAUUUUAAGCAGGCCUUGAAAUUAAUGUUGUGUUCUAAUUUUUCAGGCGUUAGUUCCAUUUGAUCCCACAAAAUUGUUUGGCUGGCAGUCAGCAAAUACGCUUGUCAUACCUGGUAGGUAACUUUUGCCGUAUCUUGUUACUAUUUAAAGUGAGUAUAAAGUAUACAUGUGUGGAAUCUCCUAGUACUUCAUUCUGUUAAACAGACAUUUCUCUGGGAGCUGACAAGAUGCUGAGAGGUUUGGCUUCCAGCAGAAUCUUCUUUGCUCUCCCUGUUGCAUCUGAUCUUUCAAAAGGUGAAAUUGAGCCCUAGAAUUAGGCAAGUUUGUAUUCUAGCCUCUUAGCUGUUUAUCUUGAAUCUAAAUGAUGUCCCAGACUGCCACUCUCCUAAAGUUGGCAACAAAAAAAUUUCUGUGUUGUCUUUUUGCCAGUUAUUAAGACUUGAUCUUAAAUGGUUUUUGGCCAUGUUGUCUUGCUCCUGUAAUUUAAAUUGUUUACAGAUUACUAUUUUUUUAAAAGUUUAUUCAGUGGAUGUGGCUAUUGGACAGCCAAAUUCUUGAACAAAUUCUUGAAAAAGAGUUCUCCUUCCCUUGGAGCUCCCUUUCAUCAUUCCACUUCUUGGCUCUCACACACAAACUUUACGCUGUCCAGUAAGCCACUGCAAGUCAGACAAUGGUCCUGUGGUUAUUCUGUAUCAGAGGAGGCCAGCCUGUUCCAGCAGCAAUGAAAUGUUUACCAUUCCAAAGUCUCAGUCCAAAUUCUUUACAGGGUUGCAGUCUGGAUCAGAUGCAGCCACUGCUUUGGAAACUGGCCCCACAGAUUUUAGGGCAUGGUUGGCUGCUUAAAAACUUUAGCUCUGUAUCCACAUUUACUAAAGUGUCUUUGGCUCCAAGUGACAGCUGUAAUAGUAUAUGGAUGAAAAUGGACUCUCUUAGAAUACCUGCAGCAGCACUGGACUGUGCCCCUCUUUUCUUUAAGCCAAGUUCAGUUGCACAAGUUUAAUCAAAUCCAGUCCUUCAAUAUAAUGUUUUCAAGAGCUCUUGGUUCAUACAAAUAAAAAUUUCUCUGCACUUUUUAAAAUUAUCGAUGGAAAAUGUAUCCAAUUUAUCAAUUAUUUGUACAAGAUGCCACUUGUGUUUUACUUCUCUCACCCUGGAUGUUCUGCAUUCCCAAGUUUUAUUUAGAAGGUUUGUUGACAGUUUGGUGGUCUUGAGAGAGGGAAGGUCUAAUGGAAGUGGAAAUGUUGGGUCAAGUCCUCCUUUCUUGCCAUUUUUAUUCUGGAAUUUGAAACCAACUAGUUGUCCUCCUUCUGACCACUACUGGAUAGGUCAGUAAGUUUUUAUACAAGUGGUUCGAUGAGCAGAUAAAACUCCUGGGGUUUCACUGGCAGAGAAGACCAGAAAGCAGCUGGUUAAAAGACACCAUAAUUUAUUGUCCUAGGGAUUGUCCUUGUGGGUUUUGUUUUGUUUAAUGGGUUGUGUGCUCUUCUAGAUAGUAAUUGUGUUCAUAUCUGUGAUGUAUCUAGUUAUGGAUUCUAGAGUACAAUAAUAAAUCAAGAUACUUUAAGCAAGUGGAACUUGCUUUUAGAAACCAGUGCGUUCUCCUUAGAAGUUGUUGGCAGUGGUGUGGCUGUUUCAGCUGCAGCUAUUAGAAGGGCAUGUGGAAGCUGUGUGGGAAAAUAGCCCCCACCCCAGUCUGCUUCCAUUGGCAGCUGGACAGCCUGUAACUCUGUAGCUCUUCCAGUGUUGGGACCCUAUGGAGGCUCUGGGGUUGUUUUUGCCAGCUUGGCCUUAUUUGGCUGGUGUUGAUGAGAGUUGUAGUCAAAAACAUCUGGAGAGCGCUAGUUUGGCAAGGCUUCCUCUUUCAAGUGUCGAAAGUGUCCAUCCCCAAGGCUAUAAUGGCUGUUGCUGGUGUUUCAACUGUAAUCCCAUGCGGUGCUCUGGCACUCAGGUCCUGUGUUGGGGCUUCUGUUUGGCCAUUGUGAGAACAGGAUGCUGGUUUAGACAGACCUUUGUGCCUGAUCCAAUAGGCUCUUAAGUUUUUAUGUAGAUUGCUGAGAUUGUCAGUUACUUCCUGGUGUAGACACUGAGCAGCAAAACUUCCUACCAGAAACUUUUCCUGCCCCAGCCCCAUUGAAACCCACAACACUUAUACAUGAAAGGACAGAGGUGCCUAUUUGUAGCUUUUUCAGUGGGCUGAUCCAAGAGAAGUGCCUUUGGCCAGUUGUGAGGCCAAGUUUCAAGGAGUCAGCCAGAAGAAUUGUGUCUGGCACUUGGGCCUGUGGAGCCUGCUAUUUUUCUGUCUACUCACCACCAUGUUCUCCCUUCUCUUUAGAUACCUGUAGUGACCUUCCUCACUUCUCAAGUGCCACUUUUGUCAACAAAUAUGCUGUAGUUGAACGUCUGGAUUUCUCCUACUUCUUGCGUCAUGAACGCCCCUCAUUUGCUUUUGGGACUUUUUUAGUCCAACAGCUGGCACAGAACAAAACUCCAAAGCAGCUGUGAGUAUUUGAAAGCAGCAGAGAUUUGGAAAGGAGCCUCUCAUGUUCUCGACAGAACAUUUUCUAUGGAGAAAUCUUUGUAUUGCAAUAACGUAUUGUGUUGCUUUAGAUAGAUGUAAGCUGCCUUGUAAGAAGGGGUAUUAAUUUAUAUAAAGUACUUUUCAGAUUUGUACCCCAGGUUUUUCCUGACCUGCUUACAGUCCCCUUGGCUUUGAUUUUGACUGUGUGCAGAGUUGGGUCCUUUCCUUGCAACCUCUCUGCUGUUCCAGAUGCAUGAUGCUAACGGCUGCUGCCUUUUCUUCCCUAGGAUCCAGCAAGCAGGCAAUGAUGCCUACUCCUUGGCCCUCUCCUUCUUUUAUGUGCCAUCUGUGGCUUCCGCCUGCGCCUGCUUUUUGGAACUGCUGGGCCUUGAUAGCCUCAAACUCCGGGUGGAUGUUAAAGCUGCCAACGUGAUCCUGAGCUUCAUGUCUCAAAGAGAGGAGCCUCAGCAUAACUCGAUCAGGCAGUCCUUGGGUAGUGUUUCUUCUACAUGUUUUCUCUAUUGGAGAAAAGAGUGUAAUAUUUGAUGGGCGCGCAAGAGCAGAAAGCCCCCCGCCCUUUUGUUCCUGAAUGGCAAAGUCCACAUCCACAGUGAAGUUAGAACUGUUAUAUUUAUUUAAUAAGUUUGUAGACUGUUUGAUGUUUUAAAAAUCCCAAGUGAUUUACAAAGUAGACACCAUAAAAUCACAAGGUUAGAAUACCAGCAAAACAAAAAUCCGUAAUGAUGAUAAAAGCGCCAAAACACUAAACCAAAGGUAGAUAACCUAUUGGGGGGAAAAUAUAACUUUGAAGUAUUCUGCAGCCACAUGAAGCAGAAUGCUUUGCCUUUUCUGUUUGCAGUUGAAAAGCUGACUCAGUUGGCAGAGGGAGAAAAAACAGCAGCAGAAGAACUCCUUGUCUGCUUGGAGGAAGCCGUGUGGGAUAAGAUGGAGCACCAGGAGAUAAGCAAGUGAGUCAGCCCUUUGAGCCCAGUGGUGGGAAUUUGCUAUACAUUCUUUGUGGCCUUAUAUUACUUCUAUGAAGACUUAAGGAUUCAAAUUUGGAAGGAUUGAUUUGAUUUUUGAGUAGAUUUGAUUUGAUUUAUUAUAUUUCUAUGCCACUUUUCGUUCAAGUGAAUCUCAUAGCAGCUUACAAACAAUAAAUAACAAUAACAUAAUAGAACAUCACAAAUACAGCUUAAGGUUGAAGUGUGAUGUAUAGAACAAAAAAAAAAAAGAGGAAAACAAGUAUAGCUUGCAUGCUGUCUCCACCCCCUUUACUUUUUAGCCUGGAAUCCCUGCUAGCUGCAUAUUAGCAAAGAGAGAGUCCCCUUCCAAAUGCUGUUUCUGUGUUUCAGUUUCCUGUAUCUCCACAUUCACUUGAGUCACAGGGGAUGGAGAGGGGUAGUUAAGAACACCAAAGCAAGGAGGGGCAGAGAAGAGUGUAAGAAGCAAAGGGCCCAAUUAAUCCAGUGCUGUUUCCAGAUACCCCUGAGGCACGAGAGCAAUGGCACUCUCCCACCCAUAGCAGCUGCCAUUCAUAGGAAUGCCCCCUCUGACACUGGAGGUAGUAAUAUCUCGCUGUCAUAACCAGUAGCCUUUGAUAGCCUUGUUCCCCUUGAAUGCUGACCCCUUUCAAAGCAACCCAGAUUCAUGGCCAUCGCUAUGUUUUAUGUUAGCAAAUUCUUGCAAUGUCUUUCCUUUUGUUUGUCUCUACUCUUCCACCAUUUAUCUUAAUUGGAUGACCCAAGUGUGGUCUAGUAUGAUGUGUUCAUUUUCUGCACACCAUGCAUAAUAAUAAUAGUAAUGUUCUAUGCCUUCACUUGCCUUUUCUUUAGAGGGCUGUUGUGCUAGUCCCUUGAAGGUUUUGGUUGUUCUUGGCAAGUGUUUUUUAUGGAGGUGGAAGCUUAAGUUACUGGCUGUUUCAGUAGAGCUAAUACAUCCCUUCCCCAUAGGACAUCCAGCGAGGCAAGGAAGCAGUGGUCUCUGGUGGCCCAGUUUUGCAGGCUCCACGGCCUCAAGCUGAGCAUGUCAUACCUGAAGGUGUGUGCGAGAUCCAGCGAAUGGCUACAGUUCCUCAUUGAAGCCCAGAGGUACAACUACCAACCCUCUGAGGUAAGGAGCCCUUCAGGCAAAAGUGAUAUGGCCAUCUUUAUUAAUUUGGGGUUUAGUCUUUGCAGUGGCCCCUUUGAACAGACAUUGCUCUUGAAAUAGGGGGAGAGAUCACUAAUGUGGCUUCAUUUGCCCUGGCAGCAGAAAGACAGGUACAAAUCUAUAAAGGCAUUAAUAUAGUAGAAUUCUAAUUUGUGUUUGGUAUGUGUACCACUUUGCUGUGAAUCAUGAGCUCAAGACAAUAAACUAGACUUCCAGGUGUUUUGUUCUGCAACUCCCAUCAGUCCCUCAAGGGCACCAAGUUGGUGAAGAUUUCAAUAAACCAUUGUCUGGUUGCCUCUUUGCGCUGUUUGUUCACUUUAUACUGUUCACCUAGUUUGUUCUUUCCCUUCCCCAGGUUGUCCCCAUCCUCCAGGAGUUUCCCCCUCCUCUGCAGGACCACUUGAGGCUGGCCUUGGAGUGUUUGCAGUCCUCAGUUACUCCAUUGGAGGACGGUCAGGGUGGCAACUCCCACCGGCUGAGGCAUGAGCAAAAGCCAAGCACCCACACCAGUGAUCUUUUCCGCAUUCUCCUUUGGUGUCAGGAGCAGCCGCGUCCCUGGCAUUACCUUCUGGGUGAAGCUGUGAAACACCAGGCUCCCAUUCUGAGCAUCCUUGCUGCAUGCUUCCAGGUAAGAAUGCUCUGAGGAUGACCCUGUGCUUCUGUUGUUCAUUUAUUUCCAUAGGCCGUAUGUGUGAUAUUUUAGAAAUAUUUGCAAGUACAUUCCUCAAGGUGGGUCACUUCCUCCUUGUAUUUAACUUAUUUACUUCUUUCCUACUCCUCUCUGGCCACAUCCACCCGUUUGGAAGGACACCAGCAUUAUCCAUUGCCUCUGUGUUUGGCUCAUAACUUCCUUGGAUAGCUCCACCACUGCCCAAGUGACAGACCACUUGGAAGGCUCAGCUGAAACCCAUGAAUGGGAUCUUCAGGACUUGGCCACCCUCUGGCAGACACUUCUCCAGAGGCAGAAAAUCCAAACUCUUCUUCAUGGCUUUCAGUUCUUUCUGAAGGUAACUCUUUAAGUCCCUUUACCUGAUAUUACUUGGGCUGCCUCUGCUGGGUGCACGAGAAACCGCCCCAGCAUGCAACUUCCAUUUGUUUAACUUGUGCUUCUUCACAUUUUCAAGAGUGCCUUUGAAAAUAAAUGUAACAAGGGUUCCUCUGUGUGUGUGUGUGUGAUUUCUUCAAACUGAAAGCUUCACGAGACAUGGAGACUGCACAUGGAGCUGCCCAAAUGAACCCUCCAUUCCAAGUUAAGGAAGGGAAAUGGUCCAAUUUCUGCCCCCUGCUGUGGUUACACUUUCAGAGCCUCAGGAGCUAGAUUGGGGGGGGGGGGUGUUCAAUGUCAGAGGUGUAUUUUUAAAUAAAUAAAUGGUGCAACACUUGUGAAGAAUGUUGAACAUAAAUUCGCAUCAAUCUGUUCAGGACUCCCCUUUGCUGAUGAUCCUGGAGCUGUACGAGUUGUGCAUGGACUACAGAAACUACAGCGAAGCGCAGAGCAGACUCCUUGCAUUCCAAGCCAGUAUUUCAAGAGUAAGCAGACCCUUCCCUUUGCUCGCUGAAGCUUUUGAACCAACUCUUUAAUUACAGAGGUAGCUAGCAUCUCUAGGCUAGAGCAUGGUCUUCUCUUGAGUGUGUGAGGUUUAAUUUUUCCAGUUGAAGGAUUGUUUGAGCAUGCGGGCACACACAUAUGGCUGCCCACCCUUCUUCCUUGGGUGUAUCCUUCCCAGUUCCCUACCACGCGACUUCUUUGCAUUGUACAAGUUGGCUUACUUUGUCAGAGAGAUGAAGGAGAGGGUGGGGGAGAGGCAUGUUUUGGCACUUGGAUAACUUUCAAAAUGAUUUUUGCACAGCUGCAAGCCUUACCCGAAGGUCCACCUCUGCUCUUGCCUGUGCCCUGGCUGGUGUCGCAGGCUUCAUUUCUUCUUGAGCUGAUGCUUCAGCAGUGCCGAACUCAGUACGAGCUGGGAAAGGUCCUUCAGCUUUUUGCAGAUACGGACACCGUUCUCCCUCACGGUAUGGACAGUUUUCUUUGGUUCCCUGUCAGUAAUUUGUUACCUGCACAGCCAAGACUUCCUCUUGAAAUCUGCUUUCAGUGCCUGAUACCAGGCAGCCCUCGGGAGGUGGUAGUAAAGGAGCAUCAGCUGUUGAGUUCAUUCUGCUUUUAAGUGUAGUCAAAUCAUUGGUUUCCGGGGCAUGGAAAUAAGAUGGGAAUCCAGGAGGUUUGGAAGACCAGAAAAAGGGAUGCGCAUGUGCAUGCCUCUCCUUGGCAUGUUGGGAAACCCAGUCACUUCUCUCUUUGUCCAUCAUGUGCAUCCUCAGUGCUGCAUAUAAAGGCAGGGACUGAUCUGCAUAAGAGAUGGUUGUCUUCUGCUUCAUUUUUAUACCAUCUUUCAUCUAAAAUGAUCCCAGGUUGGCUUGUGAUCUUUAAAGAUAGAAGAAGUAAAACAUGGGGAUAAACUAGUGAAUUAGAAGCAACAGAAGCACGCCAGCAAUUUAAAAGCAUUGGGAUGAACAAAAAGGUUUUUGGUCUGGUGUCUAAAAUAAAAUAAAAAUACUGAUGCCAAGUGGGCCUCCCCUAGUUGGGGCUCUGCAGCCAAAAAGACCUCCCUUCAUUGCCCUCCACUUCACUUCUGCCAAAGUUGUUGCUCAGCAAAGGGCCACAGCGCGGGCAGCUUGAUGGGGAUCCUCUUUGCUCCUUUCCAGAAAAGCCUGAGUCAUUAAAGCACAGACUAUCCAGUUAAGGACCUGUUUCUUUUUGGGCUGCUUUUGUGCUUAGGGCCUGAUAUGAAGAAGCUGAGUGCCCUCAGCUUCACCUUGAAGGACUCUCCUGUCUCCAUUGAUUGUGCCAUUCUGAGCAGUUACACCCCAGAGAAUUUCCAGAAGGAGUGCAGAAGAAUUCUGGAGGAGCUGCAGGACCAAAGCUCUUUCCUAAUAGCGCGGAAGGUGGCAGAGCUGGCAGAGCUGCCUGUGGACAACGUGGUGAUCCAAGAGGUGCGCUAACCUUUUGACAACUCAUGAUUUGGUUGAUUAUGUUCCAUCUCCAACCAAGGCACAAUUAGAAUGUGGCUUCCCCAUCUAUUGGACUCAGCCUCUAGUUUUGGUGACUCAGUCCCAGAUCCAGUGCUGCCUUUGGCUACAUAUGAGUAAGUAAGGGAACUUGGGGACCAAGAAUGAGGUGCUUGUAGUUUCCUGCUGUGAGGCAGUGAGAGGGGAAUACAUAUUUAUUUGUCAAAGCCAUCACCUUGGACUGUGUCCGGUAAUAAUCAGGCAACCAGCGCAGGUCUCUCAAAGCUGUUGGUACAUGUUCUUGAGCCAUCAGGCCCAUCAGUAUGCUAUCAGCUACAUUUGUCACUAUCUUCCAUCUCCACACAGUUCUCAAGAGCAGUCCCAUGUUGUGUAAACAGGAGUUGCAGCCAGGCUCUCCCUAUCGACAGAUGGCCAUAGCUGGUGAAUCAGUAGUUCAGCUUCCUUUCAUUGGUUGUCAUGGAAAGAUGGGGCUGAGAAUCCCUUUGAUCUUUUGUGUGUUUUGCAGGUCCUCCAAAAUAUGCACCUCUUGCAACAAAUUGGCCACUGGCCUCAGAAGCGGACAAGGAUCGAGUUCUGGGAAAAGUGCCACGAAAACUACAUGAGAAAUGCCAUCUCAACCCGAGCAGCUUCCAAUUUCUUCUUAGCUCAGGCAGACCUUCUGUCUGAGUCCUUGGAUGAGGGGAGAACAUCUGGCAUCUCAGAGAGGAAACUUCUGCUAACCUUGGCUGGCCACUGGUUAGCCAAAAGCGAUCCGGUUCCACUUCAGGAGCUGGAAGGGAUUGAGAAAGAAAUCUGGCUUUGCCGCAUCGCUCAGCAGACCUUGAACCAGGGCCCUGAGAAGGCCAAGCACAGAUUCUCCCACCAGAUUUCUAUGAGCGGUGAAGUGUCCUUUGAUUCCUUAGCCAAGGAGUUUUCCUUUUCCAAGCUGGCUGCCUUGAACGUGCCCAAGUACUUGCAGCUGGAGGGUUUGCCCUCACACAAUGCAUCCUUGCAAGCCACACUUUCUGCGGCUGAUGUGGAAUCGCUGAGCUUUCUGGUUGGGCGCCUGCUGGACGAGGGGAGCAUCCACGAGGCCAGCCGGGUUUGCUGGUACUUUAACUUCUACAGUCGAGAUGUCUUGCUGGUCUUGCACUGCAGAGUGCUGGCCUCUGGAGAAGUCCUUCGGAGCGAGUUUCACCCAGAGGUUCAUGCCAUCCUUGCAGCAAGAGACAGAGAGGAGGCAAAGGAAAAGAAUAACGGAGGGGGAGAGGACUCUUCAAAGAAACAAUCUCUGAGCAGUAAGUAGCAGGAGCGUUUGGAGCUGCAAAUUGGACAAAAGCAUCUCUCCCCAGGAGUCCACAGAGGACCCUCCUGGGCCAUUUCUUCAUUUCCCUGCCAUUUUGUAGGUCUUGUCAUUGCCCGUUCUUUAGAAAUGUAGGUGUUUCUUGGAUCUCAAACUUUGCCAUUCGUAGCAUUCAAAACUGCUGCAAUGUUUUUCCUUCAAAAAUUGGGAGGGGGGGGGAGAAGGGAGGGUGGCAGCUGAUCAGCUGAGAACCACGGAGCAUUUCCAAUGCUCAAGUUUGUCAUAGAAUCAUGGCAGUGUUGAGUUGAAGGGAUCCAAAGGGUCGUCUAAACCAAUCCUCUGCAAUAUAGGAAUCAUAGCUAAAGAAUCCCUGUGUUUAAAAACCUCCGGCCUCCAGAGCUCAGAAGAGCAAGAAAUGUGCCCUUAUCUCACCCAGUGUUGGUUUUCUCCUCCCAGUUUUGCCCUGUCCAUCUCCAGCCUUGUCUUCUCCCCUUGCCCAAGCAUCCUGCUCAGCCUGCUCAUUCCUUGCUAUCCAGAGUCUCUGUUUCCUUUUCAGCCUCGAGCCUUGAGUCCUGGUCCUUUGUGGGAGGUCCAGGCCCAGAGAGCGAGGUGGUGGGCAGCCUGCAGGCCCUGCUGGCGGAAUGUGUCCACGGGCGGAACUACUGCCGGCAGGUCCUCUGCCUGUUUGAGCUGUCCAAGGUACGUGCGGGUUGGGAACUGGGGAGGGGCAGCCAUUGUGCUACAGUGAUGGGAGCUGCGGGAUCUCUCCAGUGGGGGCUUUGCCUUCCAGCAUGGCACUGAGGGGCCCUUUGAGGAUGAGACUCCUUAGGAUCCCAGACGUAAGACUUCCCCAUGGUCUUUUGCAGGAACUGGGCUGUCCCUUCAGUGAGAUCUCUGCCCACGAUUCCGAGAAGCUGCUUCGGGUGAUCCUGUCUUCUCAGCAGCCGGACAGGUGCAAAAAAGCCCAGGCCUUUGUCACCACACAGGGAAUGGAGCUGGAAACCGUGGCGGAGAUUGUGGCCGAAGAAGUCACCCGAGAGCUGCUGGCCCCUUUGCAAGGGAAAGGCAGUGAGUCCUGCUUUGUUGUUACUGACCAAGGAGAAUAAUCCUAUAACUUGUGGGGAAGUGGAAAGACUCCUAGGAUUGGGUUUGGGCAAGAGUGGAGGUGGUACUGUUUCUUCCUCUUCCCCCUGUCAGCUGGAGAAUAUCCUGUCACCAAUAUGUCAUUUGUAUAUACAGAACAAAAGCAAAUUCUGAACCCAGCAGAGGAGAGCCAGGCAUUCCUGCAGCUGGCUAAACUGUGCCAGGACCACACGUUGGUUGGCAUGAAGCUAUUGGACAAGAUCUCAUCUGUGCCGCACGGGGAACUUGCCUGCAGUAAGUCAGUGAUGGGCAGGUGGAGGAUCCUUUUUGGCCAGGGAUUAAACAUCCAGUAACAGCACACUAGCAUGCUGCGUGGCUAAGGCUGCGAUCCAAAGCCCGCUUACUUGAAUGCAGAUCUUAUUCAGGUUCUUGGGACUAUGCUUCUACAUAAACAUAGGUGGGGUUGGGCCUCAGGAGGAGGGUGCCAUUUUUUCUGUUUGCUGUCUUUGUGUGGUUUGCAUUUGGAAAAUGCAACCACCCCACCCCACAUCAUGUUCAUUGAUGCCAGGAAGCUGGAGCUGUGGUCGUGAAGGGUUUGACCCACAUGCUGCCAUUCUCCAUCUGUCUUAGCAGUAGUACAGGUUUUUGCUGGAGCCUUUCAUAAAGGAGCAUUUAGCAGUUCUGGGGGGAAAGGGAGUGGCCUCUGACUUCACCUAGCUGUCCUCAAGGUGGGGAACAUGGUUUGUUUAUGAGCAGCUGAGGAGCUUUUGCCUCCAAGAGCUGCUGUCCCUGUCCAGUGUAUGUGAAAGUGACAGUUGUUGUUCCACUUUGCAGUUGAGGGACCAGAUGCCACACAAUCUUUGGCCAAGGGAGAAAUUUAAAUCGGGGCGGGGAGGGGGUCUCCCUUGUAUUGGAGAGCACUUGCAAAACUGAAAAAAAAUGUGCUUGCUGAUGAAGACCCCUUUCCUCCUUUUUCAGCUACAGAGCUGCUGAUCUUGGCCCACAACUGCUUCAGCUUAACCUGUCACAUGGAAGGGAUCACGCGGGUUCUGCAAGCUGCCCGGCUGCUCACAGAGGAGCAUUUGGCACCCAACGAAGAAUAUGGCCUUGUGGUACGUGACUGCUCUAAAGCUGCCCUAUUUGUGGGAAAUGUGAACUGGUUGCAGGGACACACACACACCAGGCCUUUGAAGAGUCCUGCUGAUUCCAAGACAUCCCCUUGCUUUGCUGAAAAAGGAAGGUAGUGGCAGGUCAAAGACUCCCACAGAUGGUUCAUGCUCGGCUGCCCUCUGCAUUGAUGUUAGCAAGGAACAAGUAGCUCCUCUUAUAAGAAGCAGUAUGUGCAGCCUUCAUUGGCUUCCCCUGGCCUGGUAGGAAAGCUGCUUUUGCUUUCCCCUGACCAAUGAUUGGAAAUGGCUGAUCAGUAACCUUCCACAGACUUCUGUUGUGCCCCCUAAGGAGGGGUGGUGGCGACUGCCAUGACCUUCUGGCUUACCUCAGUGUGCAUGUUGACACAGAGUGAGGCCCUUCUGCCUGCCUUGCUAUACAAGUCCUUAUCUCUUCUUCCUCCCUACCAAAGGUUCGGCUUCUCACUGGCAUUGGCAGAUACAACGAGAUGACAUACAUCUUUGACCUGCUGCACGAGAAGCAUUACUUUGAGGUGCUCAUGAGGAAAAAGCUGGAUCCGGUGAGUGCAGGAGACGCAAAUCUGCCUCAUCCUUUCUCAAGAGUUCCAACCCUUCCAUCAGAUGGACAAUAGAGGGAAUCCAAAUGCAAAUGUGUCAUUGAGUCUGAAGCCUUUAUUUUCAGCAGGAUGUGGAUGAGGCUUACAGUAGUCUCUCUGCCCGCCUGCCAUCACAUGGGGAUCAUCAUCCUGACUGAUCCAAGGGAGGGAAGUUGAAGCCAGGAUAUGUGCUGGCUCUUUAGUCUGAAGGGAACUUGACUGGCCUGGGCCAGGUGGCAGUUGUAUGCAGCUCAAAGUAUUUCUCGUGUCUGAAGGCUCAUUCUCAAUUCUCAAAUCUGCUUCCCCCGCUUCAGUCUUCCCAUUUGUUACCUUCUUGCUAAAUCAUCAUUCUAGUCACAGCAUCCCCACUCCAGAAUGUCCCAGCUAUAGUAAAGCCAUAAAGCUAAAACUCUCCUUCUUUCAUAGUCGCUUUUUCUCGCUCACUUGUUGAAAUGCAGCCAUUCCUUUCCUUAACACUUUUGGCUCCAGCUCUUCUAAUCCUUUUUAAAUACACUUUGGGGGGGGGGGGCUGGGGGCUCUGCUUGAGAGCUCUAGCUUCCCCUGUUGUCAGCUGCAAGCUUUCUCAACUCCUCUUUGUCACAUCCACUCCUUACCUCCCUUCCACUUUGGCAGAGCGGGACCCUCAAGACAGCUCUGCUGGACUACAUCAAGCGCUGUCGCCCGGGGGACAGCGAGAAGCACAACAUGAUUGCCCUCUGCUUCAGCAUGUGCCGAGAGAUUGGGGAGAACCACGAGGCGGCAGCCAACACACAGCUGAAGCUCAUUGAAUCCCAGCCGUGGGGUAAGUUGCCAGACCAGUAGACCUGCAGAGAGCCCACCUGCCCAGGAUAACAGGUGCUCAACACCCUGCUUCCUUAUUCACCUCUUGUGAAGAAGGAGAUGUGAUGGAACCGCAAGAGCAGCUCCAUAGUUUAAGGAAGCAACUAUCAUUCUAGACCCCAAAAUUCUAUGGGCCCCAAAACUGACUGUUUGUCCUAACAGUAUGAAAUUUAGCACAGGGAAUCUGUUCAGUAAGGUGUAUGAUAUGGCUAAAUUUCAGAAAAACCAGGCAAUGGCCAGCUGAGCCACAGCAUGCUUAAAACUUAGCAUUAGGGAGGCCUAUACCUGAAAGAAGAAGAGGAGUUUGGAUUUGAUAUCCUGCUUUAUCACUACCCGAAGGAGGCUCAAAGCGGCUAACAUUCUCCUUUCCCUUCCUUCCCCACAACAAACACUGUGAGGUGAGUGGGGCUGAGAGACUUCAAAGAAGUGUGACUAGCCCAAGGUCACCCAGCAGCUGCAUGUGGAGGAGCGGGGAAGUGAACCCAGUUCACCAGAUUACGAGACUACCGCUCUUAACCACUACACCACACUGGCUCUCACACAUUGCCCUGAAUCAGCCUAGGUUGAUCUAAUGAAAGGCAUAAUCUGCUUGCUUUGUGCCUAUCAUUUGAGUCCUCACUGAGGUGCCUGGAUUGGCUUUGGUGGAUACAUCUUUGGUUCGCUUGCUACCUCUUCCCUCCCUCUGGAUUUGGCAUUUGGUUCUGUAUUUGCUGCCUUCACCCCAUGAAGGCAUUCAACACCUUUUUCCUUUUCAGAGGAGUGCCUGCAGGAUGUGCCCAAUCUGAAGAAGCUCCUGAUGAAAGCCCUGACCCUCUACAUAGAUGCUGCAGAAAGCUAUUCCAAGGCAAGAUGGGAGUGGGACUGUGUGAAGGUGUAAAGGCGAGUGGCAGGGCCUUGUUAGUGUUUGCUUCAGGGAUUGAUGUGUCCCGUAGAGUUACAGAGGUGGCAUCAGAUGUGAGAAGAGGGCUGUGACCAGCGAGAUGUUUGCAAGUGUGUGUGUGGAGGAGGGAAGGCAGUUGCAGCCACUCAGCUUCAUCCGUGCAUCUUUGACUCCCUUCUCUUAGGACUUCUGUGUGCGCCAGUCCUUGCGCUGCAACAGGCUGACAAAGCUCAUCACCCUGCAACUCCACUUCCUGAACAGCAGCCACAGCACCAAGCUGAUCAAUCUGAGCAGGAAGAGCCUGCUGGAGUGUAUCAUGUCCCUGCCCAGGUUCUACCAGGUAAGGAUGCCAGGCACCAUCACAAGAACCUGUGGUGUUCUAUUGAUGGAAGGACACAGUGCACAUUCCUGGGAGGAUGAUGUCAGCUGGCAUUUCUCUUCCGUCUCUCCCCAGGCUGCCAUUGUGGCUGAGGCCUACGACUUCAUCCCAGACUGGGCUGAGGUCCUGUAUCAGCACGUGAUCCUGAAGGGAGACUUCAGCUACCUGGAGGAGUACAAGCAGCGUGGCCUGCUCAAGACCAGCACCUUUGAGGAAAUAGCCCGGAAGUGAGUCCAAGGGAACCAUUUGCAGCCCACUUCUCCCAGUGGGAAACAUUCCCUACAUCAGGCUUUCUGUAGAGUCGAGAUCCUCACUCUAAUCCUCAGUUGAAGGUUGCUGAUUGCAAUCCUGCAAGUUGAAAUACAAGCAAAGCGGAGAGCUUUUAAUCUCUCUCAUGCUUGGGAAGCAGGGUCCGCUCCAGAAGGUUCACACAGAGCAGUUCCAAGGUUUAUAUAGGACCCUUGGAACCAACCUCCCACCCCGGUAAGAUGCAGUCAUACUGUAUGUACUGAAAGCAGAGUUCUCCCUCCACUGGGCACCUUUUUGUCCCAAGGGCAACACCUUUCUCCCUUGCUGCACUUAGCUGGCAGGUAGAAGUGGGAUCCUGUCAGAGGGCAGAGUGUGGGGGACGAGGCUUAUGUCUAACCCCUCUGUGACCUUCUGUUCCAGGUUCAAGCAGCACACAGGUAAUGAGCCUGCUCUGAAAAACUUGAAGCGGCUGCUGACCUACUGCGAUGACAUCUAUGUGUAUUACAAGCUGGCUUAUGACAACCAGUUCAGCGACGUAGUGAACACGCUUCUAAAAGAUGCUCAGACAGGUUGUUGUCUGAAGGACCUGCUGGCCAACUAGAUGAUGCUUGGGAGAAAGAAGAGCCACAGCCAUCACUGGUGUUGUAGGAAACUCCAGUCAGUACAGGCAGGGGUUUGUGCAGAAGCGGUUACAUUUGUUUCAGUAUCUGAAACGUGCAACAAAGCGGAUGACAGCAUUAAUCAAUGGUAUGAAAUGGUAAGGAAUAUUAACCUCAGGGUUGGUUUCGAGUUAAUUUGACAGUUGAAGUUAGAACUUUUUAUUAGGAGAGCUUUUCUCUCUGGGAAUCCUUGUGUUGAAUAUAGAGGCUACUUAAAAACUAAGCUGGCUCUUGAAGCUGCAGCUGAGUUUCUGGGUUACAAAAUGAUGAGGGCAGGCUUUCUCUUCGGUAACCUCUCCCCCUUGCAUAUUGCUGGAUGAUAUGAAUAAUUGGAGAACCAUUUGCUGUAUAAAAAUAUUUUUUGUGCAGAUUUAAUAUUGAACAUAUGGUAUAAACUUUGCCAUACCUGCUUUUCCCUGGUUAUGUAUAAUGUUCUCAAAGUAUUUCGGGUACAAGGUAGGUGGAGUGUCAUAGAAACUUGGAGGCACUAUCUGAGAGUGCUGAGCUCCUCUAACCCUUAUGACUCCAGUGCAUGAGCUGUUCUUGCUCAUUUCUGCAAAGCUGUUCCUUACCCAACACCAGUGCCCAGCUUUUACUAUCUUUCAGAAUGAGCGUCAACAACAGUGGCACUGUGUGUUUUUGUCCGUAGGAAGGUAGUUAAAUGAGGAGUGUUUAUAGAAAUGAUCUUCCAAUGUUUCUGUUACUCAUAUUUUGCUGUGUUUCUAAAGUCACCAAUACAGCUUGAGCUAUGGCGGUGUAUACUUGUGUGAAGACUACAGAACAUUACAAGGCUCCCUGUAGUUGGGGUAUACAGUGAGCCAAAGAAGCUCUUCUGGGGAAAGAAAUCUCUGCUUGACUACAAUUCUUGCUUGCUCCUCAAAUACAUAUCCAUUUGCAAGCUUGUAGCUGUUAGUGGGGGAAAAUCAGAAGUGAUAGGAAGAAAGAAAACAUGGCAACCUCUUACAGGUUGAUGGUUUUUAUUGCUUUUUGGCGAAUUAAAAUUAAAUCUUCCCAUAUGCAUCUGAUUAAAUAACAGCCUUUUGACCCUAGAGAGCAGGGGUGGGGAAUCUCUGGACAUGAUCCAUUGCCCCCAAACCAUGCCUGCCCACCAGUCUAGUCCCUCACCCUGCUUACAGCAAGCCUGCCUAGCAUCUCCCCAUAGAUCCAUCCCUCAAAUAGCAAUGGAAAGGAAGAGAGAUAUGGGUAGGAUAAACACUACUAGUUGGCCUCUGGCUCUGCCCAAGCAGUCCUACUUCACUCCUCCCUGCUUCUCAGCCCCUUUGGACUUCUUUUUUUGGCAGGGAUGGAGUUACUGCAGUUCACAAAAACUAAGACAUCUGUUAGUCUUCUGUGGUGCCACAAGACUUUAUGUCCUGUGAUUAAACACCCUGCAGUGGGCUUGCCCCAAUCCAGCAACAGUUCUUGCCCGAGGUGGAAGCACAACCAAACCAAAGCUCUCAGUCCUCACAAUAGUGAUUUUAUUAAAUUAGUUGCUUUUAUAAAACAUUGCAGAUGUCAUAAUUGUUAACAUAACAAUUUACCCAACUGUCGUAACUGUUGCAGUUUGCUAAGCAGGAUUCCUGUAAAUG